AUUUAAAAAAAUACACAGGUGAACUAUUAAUUUAUCAACGGACUCAAGAUAAUACACAAACAUCUAAAACUACGUGGGAACUUUUCGAAGAAACCUUUUCCACAUUAAUUGAAACUCAAAAUAUUCAUGACAGGAAAUCUAAAUUUUCGGAAGAUGAUAUCUUAUUACUAAUCCCUAUAUUAGAAAUUACAUAUAAUAGUAAACCUAUCACUUCUUUUCAAUCAAUCUCGAACGGAUUAUUUAUUUUUGAAAAAGUAUUAGUUGGAGGUGCCCUAGUUAUUAAAAACGUUUCUAAACAUUCAUAUGACUCUUUAAGCCAAUUAAAAGCACGAAUCGCAUGGGCAAUCUAUGAAUUUCGUGAUGGUCACAAGAAUUUAUUUACCGAGUCAAAAUUAGAUUCAAGAUUCCCUUAUAUUGAAGACUUGGACGGUAAUCCAUUGAAUGACAUGAAAAAAUUG